AUGACUUAUACAGUUGCUUCUCACCUCGACUACUUCAAGGUCCCCCUUGCUGAUUUCGCAGCCGCCCGACCUGAAUUCGAUGGCUUUGCAGUCGGCGGGUACAUCUUCUCGCAUGCCGAUCCUACCCCGCGUGUUCUUCUUCUUCAGCGAGCACUGACGGAUUCAAUGCCCGGCUGCUGGGAGUGCCCUGGAGGUGCAUCUGAGCUAGAAGCUGACGGAACACUACUUGAUUCCGUUGUUCGCGAAAUUUUGGAAGAGAGUGGACUGCAUGUAUCACACAUUGUCGAUCUUGUUGCGGUAGAUUGCUGGGCGCAUCAUCGCCGUAAUGGUGCUACGAUCCGUCUCUCGAAAUACUCCUUCCUUGUUGAGGUUCGCGAGUCCCAUCAAAAGUCGGCCGGAAACUGGGAAUAUGUUCCAACACUCCAAAUCCCUGUUAAGCUCGACCCGUUGGAACACCAGCAAUUCGAAUGGGCGACGGAGGAGCACGCCCAGCUUUCUGUGCAAUCGACCAAUGGUCGAUACAAAUUGCCCUUAGGUCACAUGGGACAUCAAGGACGCAAUAUCCUCCGGGCCUUCGAGAUGAUCAAGGAAAGACAAGGCAAGGUGUCAGGGGACCUCGUGCAGUGA